AUGCCGCGGUCGCUGAAAAUCUCCUCCUAUGCGGAGCACAUUCAGCUACAUGUCCUUCCCAAGCUGACAUCCGAUUUGCCGACCGAAUACGUAAAUGUGCAGCACUUGGCGAUUCCAGAGCACCUGAUGUUGGCGGAUCCUACGUUCUUUGAGCCUGGAUCAAUCGAUAUGAUCAUCGGUGCUGAGUAUUAUUACGAUUUACUGGGGGGAGGCAAGAUCAAACUAUGCGACGGUGGACCCACUCUUCAUGAAACCGUUUUUGGAUGGGUUGUCUCUGGCCGUGUACCUGGAUCAUCUCCAGUAGCACAACGAACCCAUUCUCACCCUAUCACUUCUCCUGAUCUCAACGAUCUGCUCACCAAAUUUUGGGAGCUCGAGUCUUGCCACGCUGGAGGCACGUUGUCCGUGGAAGAAUCAGCGUGUGAAGAAAUAUUCGAACGAACUACCAUCCGCAAUGAAGUUGGUAGAUUCGUAGUCACUCUACCAAAGAAGGAAGCUGUCAUUCAAAGAUUGGGUGACUCCAAGGCUAACGCUUUAAAGCGAUUCCAUGGACUAGAGCGUCGGUUUUCAACACACAGUGCUUUGAAAGAGGCGUAUUUCGACUUCAUCGAGGAAUACAAGUCCAUGGGCCAUAUGGAAGAAGUACUAGAAGGAGAAGAACCUGUCUACUAUUUGCCACAUCACGCUGUAUUGAAGCCUGACAGCACCACCACAAAACUCCGGGUCGUAUUCGACGCUUCAUGCCGCACGACAACAGGAAUCUCCCUAAAUGAUGGGUUGAUGGUGGGUCCAGUUGUCCAGGAUGAUCUGCACACCAUUGCCUUACGCUUCCGGUUUUGGAAACAUGCACUCGUUGCAGACGUGGCAAAAAUGUAUAGGAUGGUAGGCGUUUGCCGUGCGGAUCAGUUACUCCAGUGCAUCCUUUGGAGAUCGUGCCCGGAUGAACCCGUCAAAUCGUACAAGUUGACCACAGUCACUUAUGGAACUAGCGCCGCACCUUACCUUGCAACAAAGUGUCUGCAACGCUUAGGAAGUGAAGGCGAAACAACACAUCCUGUCGCCGCAAAGACUGUCAAGAAGGACUUUUACGUCGACGACUUAUUAACCGGAACAGAUAAACUGGACGAAGGGAAGGCUCUUGUAGCUGAUUUAAUAGAUCUGACAAACUCAGCCGGCUUAAUUUUGCGAAAAUGGAGCUCCAGCAGCGAUGAGUUGCUUUCUGACGUUCCUAUUGGGCUUCGGGAUGAGCGGACUUCUUUCGAACUGGACUCGUCAACUUCUGCAGUAAAAACGCUUGGUUUGAUUUGGGAGCCAGCAGCCGACAUCUUCCGACUCACCAUACCAAACCUUGGAUCGGAGGCAAGUAUUACCAAGAGAACCGUAUUGUCAGAGCUAGCAAAGAUUUUCGACCCACUCGGGUUGAUUGGUCCGGUAGUUGUACAAGCAAAAAUUUUCCUGCAAACUUUAUGGAAGCAGAAAUGUGACUGGGACGAUUCGCUACCGGAGGAGCUACAGAGGAUCUGGACCGAAUUUCGAAGGAAUCUCAUGGCAUUGGAUACUCUCACCGUACCCCGUUGGGUGUCAUUCUCCAACGAUCUUGCCACGGUAGAGUUGCAUGGGUUCUGUGACGCAUCAAAUGCCGCUUAUGGUGCCUGUCUCUAUCUUCGAUGUAUCACUAGCGAUGGUACAAUAACUGCUCGGCUUAUCACCGCCAAGUCAAGGGUUGCACCACUGGAAGACCUGAAGCGGAAAAAGAAAGUCCUAUCAACACCCCGACUCGAACUUUCCGCAGCUCUUUUAUUGAGCCAUCUAUACGAAAAGGUCCGCCAUAGCGUUCAGAUUACGUUCCAACCGUUCUUUUGGACAGACUCUACAAUCGUCAAGUAUUGGCUGGCUUCUCCACCAUCUCGCUGGCAAAUCUUCGUUGCAAAUCGUGUUUCGGAGAUCCAGCACAUUACUAGCAGCGGCGUAUGGAACCAUGUUGCUGGUGCAAAUAAUCCCGCAGAUAUUAUCUCGCGUGGAAUGACUCCCGCACAGUUAAAAUACGAAACGUUGUGGUUUGAAGGCCCACUCUGGUUGCGGCAGGAUCGUGCAAUGUGGCCCAGCUGUACAGUCCCUCUACCAGACAUCGAACAAUCCCUUUUAGAAGAACGAUCAACUGUUGCGCUGCCAGCUCGAGCGAAAUCGCCAAGCGAAUUAUUCGCUCUUCGGUCUUCGUUCACUGAUCUCGUUAGAUUAGUUGCAUACAUCCGUCGAUUCGUUCACAACUGUUCACCAAACAACCUCGCCAGCAAACGUUCAGGGACAAUCAAGCUGCAGGAGCUGAACGAAGCGACUGAAGUAUUAGUUCGCCUAGCCCAGGGGGAUAGCUUUCCCGAAGAAGUAGCAGCUUUGUCUCGCAGUCGAGAAGUAAAAACUUCGUCCAAGAUUCAUGCGCUCAAUCCUAUUAUGGUUGGAAAAACGAUUCGAGUUGGCGGCCGGCUUGUUCAUGCACCUAUCCCGGAGAGUCGCAAACAUCCGAUGAUUUUACAUCAUCGUCAUCCGUUUACCAAAUUAGUCGUGGAACACUACCACCGUAAACUUUUCCACGCUGGUCAGCAGCUACUCGUAGCUUCCGUCAGAGAAAAAUUCUGGCCCACAAACGCACGCGAUGUGGCUCGUACCGUCUGCCACAAGUGUGUAACAUGCUUCCGGAACAAGCCAACUGUACACGAGCAACUGAUGGCCGAUCUUCCGUCCGUUCGAGUCAACCCAGCAGCCGUUUUUCUGAAGGUUGGUGUAGAUUUGUGUGGUCCAUUCUACAUCAAAUAUCCAGUUCGUCGCAGCACACCAGUGAAAUGUUUCGUGGCGAUAUUUGUAUGUCUGGCAACGAAAGCCGUUCACAUGGAGGUUGUAGCGGAUUUGUCGACGCAAGCUUUCCUUUCUGCUUUCAAGCGAUUCGUUGCGGUUCGUGGAAAACCGCAUGUGGUCAUGUGCGACAAUGCCACCAAUUUCGUAGGGGCCAACAGAGAAUUGGAAGAGUUGCGCCUCCAGUUCCUAGACCAGCAGUUUCAGCAUACCGUAGUUCGUACAGCAGCCGAGGAUGAAGGAAUUCAAUUCGACUUCAUUCCGGCCCGUUCGCCAAAUUUUGGCGGAUUAUGGGAGGCUGCGGUAAAAUCGUUUAAGUGCCACUUUCGUAAGGUCGUUGGGAACCAGCAGCUAAGCUACGACGGGCUACAUACUAUAGUUCAGCAAAUCGCGGCGAUUUUGAAUUCACGCCCGCUAACUCCUCUCACUAGCGACCCCAACGAUUACGCUGCACUGACCCCAGGACACUUCCUCGUAGGAAGACCUCUGACGGCAAUUCCGGAACCCGAUCUCCAGGAGAUACCGGAAAAUCGCUUAUACGCUUGGCAGCAAUCACAAGAUUUCGUGCAAAAGCUUUGGCAAAAGUGGAAGACCCAAUAUCUUUCGGACCUGCACAACAGGACCAAAUGGACCAAAAAGCGCAACAACAUCAAGAUCGACACUAUGGUUUUAGUCAAGGAGGAUAACCUACCUCCACUAAAAUGGAAAUUGGGACGAGUGGCAGAAAUCUACACCGGUUCGGAUGGAAACGUCCGAGUAGUGGACGUUCGUACCAAAGAUGGGAUGUUCAAGAGAGCCAUUUCCAAAAUAUGCGUUCUACCAAUUAGGGAUAACGCACCCACAGACGAAGAGCAAUAA